UCACAGUUAAUUUUAUCUUGUUCCUUAUCUCUUCACAAUGUGGCUUCUGCAACUUCCCUCCAACCUCUCAUCACCAUUUCUCACCGGAAACAAUGUCUCGGGCCUCAACCGUCUCUCAAAGCCCACUACCACACUCUCAUCAGCCCAAGCCCAAGCCCAUUUUCUUCCAUCAAUCAAAGCAAUGAAAACAAUGGAAGGAAAAGUGACAUGCGCCACCAAUGACAAGACAGUGGCGGUGGAAGUUACUCGUUUACAAGUUCAUCCGAAAUACAAGAAACGUAUUAGGAUGAAGAAGAAGUAUCAAGCUCAUGAUCCUGAAAAUGUUUUCAAAAAAGGUGAUCUUGUUCAGCUUCAGAAAAUUAGACCUAUUAGUAAGAAUAAAACUUUUCUUGCUGUUGCUGUUCCUCCUAGGAAUAGGAAAUCAAAUAAUGGUGGUGAUGCUAAUUCUUCCGGUGAGCUCGGAAUUCCGCUUCAGUCGCAGCAGGAGGAGGAGGUUGUGGUGGUGGAGGAAGAGCCUCAGCCUUAGGUUUUAGGCUUGUAAUCUCUUACUCUUGCUCUUUAAUUUUAUCCCAAUUUUUUUCAUUUAGUUUUGUGUUUUUAUGUUAUGUAUUAAUAAUAUGAUGAAAUUGGAAAUGAGAAAUGAAUGUUGUUGUUGUUGUUGUU